GUUGUUCAGCCGUUUCACUACGUUGGUUCCACAGUGGUGGUGGUUGUGUUUUGGAAUUGUCCAAGUUUUUGUUAACAGGAAACAUUUGUCGCUCUCCAAUAGCUGAAGCAGUUUUUAGAAAACUUGUAACUGAUGAAAAACUUGAAAAUAAGUGGAUGACAGACAGUGCUGCUGUUUCAGACUGGAACGUGGGGCGCUCCCCAGAUGCAAGGGCUUUAAGCUGUCUAAGAAAUCAUGGCAUUGAGACAGCACAUAGAGCACGGCAG